GAUAUCUGCAAGCAAGAAGAGUUUUGGAGGAAUGUGUUGUUUAUUCACGAUUUAGAAUUUAUUCUAUACAAUACUGCUUAUGUAUUUAUACGAAAUACUUCCUGGUGAAGUCACGUUUGAAGAUCAUCAGCGUUAAGCUCCGCCCAAGUUGGGAAAAAAGCUUCCCGCCAGCCAAGAUUGCAUCAGCUGUCCUCUCUCAGGUCCGCAGUCUUAUAAUAAGUACGCUUGACUCGAGGCGCUUUGACUUCAGUUUCCUUUGUGAUAAGUUACCGUGCUUAAUAUGUCAGGUCGCGGAAAGGGAGGCAAAGGUUUGGGGAAAGGAGGCGCCAAGCGUCAUCGCAAAGUUCUCCGCGACAACAUCCAGGGCAUCACCAAGCCCGCCAUCCGCCGCCUGGCUCGCCGCGGCGGCGUCAAGCGCAUCUCGGGCCUCAUCUACGAGGAGACCCGUGGCGUGCUCAAGGUCUUCCUGGAGAACGUCAUCCGCGACGCCGUCACCUACACCGAGCACGCCAAGAGGAAGACCGUCACCGCCAUGGAUGUGGUCUACGCCCUCAAGCGGCAAGGACGCACUCUCUACGGCUUCGGCGGUUGAACCGUCAUUCGGUUUCAACACAACGGCAACCAAAAGGCCCUUUUAAGGGCCACACACAUUUCUACUAUGAGCUAAUAUCCUAUUGGUGGGUGUGAGAAAUGUCCAAGUUCAUUUUGAUCACGAAUAUUCAUAACCUGCUUGGGGGUACCGUCAAACAAGCAGUUUCAUGACGCUACAAAUGCUGUUUUGUAUUAAAUUGGGGGUUUUGAAAUAAUACAGUUGCGUUUCAGAGUCGCAACAGUAUUGUGUCCUUUUAAUAUCAACCAUCAAAGGUGCUCGAACCACCUUAAAACAAAUUAAUGUUGUGUAGAGUCAAGGCAUUGUCUCAAGAAUGAUUUUGAAGUGUUGUCCAGAUAUUUAAAACGUAUAAAGUAUGGUUUGGAAAUUGACUGGUUGAAAUGAAAUGUUUAACUGACUCAGGUGUGUUAAAUGAAAGUGACAACAACUAGGAACGAACUUAAAUAAGUUUCAUUAUACUCCUGGUUUUUUUCUUUCUUUUUCCAAUCAUGUAAAGUGUUGGGUUUCAAAUCCUACAUAUGAGAUUGACAGUUUAUAUAAUAUACUUUCAUGAAAGGAACGAAAUAAAAAUGAUUUUCCAAAAGAAGUAAUAAUAAAAAAACAAAAACACUG